AUGUUUGAGCCGACAAUUAAAUAUCGCAGAGUUAAUGACCCGCCAAAAGACAUUGCGAAAGCUUUGGGCAAAUUAGACAUAAAAGAUGAGCAAAAAGACAAUGUCAAGUCAAAAGAAUCUCCUGGGAAGGAACAGGACAAGGUUAAGCAACCCGCCAAGGAGCCGACUGUAUCAACCGUGCCUGAUUAUAGCUUCGAAGAAGAAGAAGAAGACAGCCAAAUUGUAGUGGAUCCUAGUGACAAGGAAAGAAUCAUUGUGACACUUUCUACCGGCAAACAGUUCACGGCUGAUAGGUAUUGUCCUCAUGCAGGCGCUGAUCUUUCUUAUCAUGGUAAAGUGAGUGAACAUGAUUACCCUCCCGAGAUUGGACCUGUUUUAAUGUGCCCUAUCCAUUACUGGGAAUUCGCCCUAGAAAAAGGGGGUAAAGGCGGUGGCGGUUGGGCAACCAUCAAUGCCUGCGAAGUAAAAUGCCCCCCUUCACCUACAUUAGACUGGUAA